UUCAUCUGCAAACUUUGCCACCCCACUGUUUACACCUUUUUCCAGGUGGCUUAUGAAUAUAUUGAACAACACUAGUGAUAGGAGCCCUGCAGUUUUUGACAUCAGGUGUCUUUGAAAAAGGGCGGGUCCAGUCACAAUGGCUAUUGAAGCAUAGUACCUAAUACAUUUGACCUCUCAAAUUGGUAACUCCUUAUUCCCACCACAGUCACUGUUUAAAAUUUGCCUGAUUCCUGUGCACAUUUGUUUAGGAAGAGGGGAGCAAAUGCUGUUUUUUGUCUCAGAAGGCCUGUAACAGAAUGGUUUGGGCAGAAAUGUGCACGUUACAGGGGUGGGGACGCAAGUAGAUAUUAAAUGGCAGUGGGACACUGUGGAAGGCGUCAGGACAGAAAUCUAGUUUUUUUUUGUUUUAAACCAAACAUGACUAGAUAUGCUGCUAUUAUUACUAGUGUUACAAUAGUGCAAGUAAACCAAGAAUAUCAAUAGUGAGUAGAAUCAAUAAGAGGAUAUUAGAAAUGCAGCUAGUUACUUUCAGUGAUUUGUGACACUGUUCCUGUUUAAAAGGAUCACUGACCAUACCUGUCUCUCUGUACAACUGGACCCCAUUUUCUGUCUGUCUGGCCUUAUCAAACAGAGAUGCAGACCUCAUGCACAGCUGGCUUUAGUUGGAUUCCAUGUGGCUGGAAGGGGCCUUGAUCAGCUCUGACCUCUCCAGAAGGUGGCACUGCAGUCAGUGGGAAGUGACAGUUCUUGGCAGUUCGAGAACACUAAUGAUCGGCAGCUUGCAUUCUCAGAGCACUGCUUGCUCACUAACCACCCCUCCCAAAUCCUCAGUGGGUACCUAACAGUCAUCCCCUGCUCUCCACGCUGCCAGCUUGAGUGGCUAGGCAAAAAGGAUGGGUGGAAACUGAACGUAAACGGUCCUCUUCAAAACUGUCCCACUGUCCUAGUGUAGACAGAGCCUCUGAGCGACUCUGGUAGGGUAAGGAGUGGGGUGAGCUUGGCUCUCAGGGCCAUAUCUGAGGAAUAAGCAGAUGCAUUCUGUUCUGUGUAGCUUCCUUUCUGGAGGGGUUAGCGAUUUGUAGUCAAGACGCUGAGGAGUAGUCUGUGCAGAUGCAGUUCAGCCAUAGGUUUCAAACCCUCCCUCCUGUAGGAGCGUGUUCUUGCUGAGAGCUGUGGCGAGUCUGCUUCGUCUAGCUAUGGCCUAACUUUGCAACCAUUACCCAGGGCAACGUGUGGGAGCCGUCCCAUUGAAGUCAGUUGGACUGCUCCUGUGUGGAAGUGCUGCUUGGCAUAAAUAACUUGAAGGUGCCUGGGAGCCUUGCUGCUGCCCUGUUUGCAGAAACCAGACCUGGCUGAUUCUCUGCAGACGUGGAGGGCUCAUGAACCUGCGGUGGGGUCCCUGACUGGCAGACUAACCUGGCUUCUCUUUAAAUCCUAACGUGCUCUGUUUUGAAACUGCAUCCAUCCUCCAAGAGCUGUAAUGGCAAGGCGCUGCUGGAAGAAGCUGAGCCGAGGGGCCUGACGGACACUCUGGUGCUGAAUGGCAGGAAGGUGGAUGAGCGGCAGGGCCUGCCUGCCAUGGCCCACAGCCAGCUGGAGGGAUCGAACAAGGAGGCAGCGCUGCGACUCCUCAGCGUGGGGCUGGAGCAGCGCCCCCCUCUGCAUUCGGCCUACAUCCCGGUGCCCAGGCAGAGAAAGCUGUCGGGCAAGGCGGGGAUAGACGAGGUCAUGGCAGCCGCAGUUCUCACCAGCCUGUCCACUAGCCCUCUAGUGCUUGGCAACCCGCCUGGCACCCUCAGCCCAGCAGAGCCCAGCGGCGAGGCCUGGAAGGAGGGUCCUGCCAUGUCCUCCAGCUACAGCAGCAGCAGCAACAACAGCGGGGACUGGAGCUGGGACCCUCCGAGCGACCGCUCCACCCCGUCCACCCCGUCGCCGCCGCUCUCCACCGACGUGGCCAAGAGCUUCCUGCCGGCCCCCCAGCUGGACGACGGCAUCGAGGAGACCGAAGCGACCCACUUCCUCUUCGGAGACCCCAUUCCCCGCAAGAGGAAGGUGCGGAGGACGGGAGCUGGAACGAACUCCACCAAGGUGAUGUUCAAGUGCUUGUGGAAAAGCUGUGGCAAGGUUCUGAGCAGCUCCUCGGGGAUGCAGAAGCACAUCCGAACCGUCCACCUCGGCCGGAAAGCCGACCUGGAUCAGAGCGACGGCGAGGAGGACUUUUACUACACGGAGCUGGACGUCAACGUGGACUCCCUGACAGACGGGCUGUCCAGCCUGACCCCUGUCUCGCCCACCUCUUCGGUGCCCCCAGCCUUCCCUGUCCUGGAGGUGCAGCGAACCCCGCCGGUGCUGGUGAAGCCCGAGGACUCUGUGGAGUCUCCUCUGAGUCAUUCAGCUCCAACGAGCCUGUGCCAUGUCCACACGGACCACGCCUAUCAGGUGGGCCAUGUGGAAAAGCAGGCGAUGGCUCCCGUCAGCAUCUCAGCUGCUUCGAAAACCCUGCCUGGCGGGAUGGGCUUCAGCAUCUCCUGGCAGCCACCCCCAGCGCCACAGUCACCAGUUGUUUUUAAAGGGUCCCCGGGCUGCCUGACUGCGCUCCGCCCCGUCGGCGUGGGAGAGAGGCGGCUGCAGAUCCCCCACCCGACUGUCACUGCGGCGCCCCCCUCUGUGCCAAAGCCUGCCGCGGGCACCAGGAAGCCCCGCGGCGAGGCCAAGAAGUGCCGCAAGGUGUACGGGAUGGAGAACCGGGACAUGUGGUGCACAGCCUGCCGGUGGAAGAAAGCUUGUCAGAGGUUCGUCGACUGAGCGCCCCCCUACCCCCCGCACCUGGCCCCGCUGCCCGAGCCCCCAGGCCCCUCUGGCUCCAUUGGAACCUCCGAGCUCUGGAAAGUCAGCGUCAACGCUUCCUUCUUGCACGUUUUGCACUUCAGGUGCCUUCGAGCCCCGACCCCACCUCCUGGCCCCCAGGGACUCGGCCGUGGCUAGCCGGAAACUGCCCCGGACUCAGGAAAAAGGAGCCCCUUGGCCUGCAGUUGCUCUGAGGAAUUGUAGGGCGGUGAUUCUAGGCGUGAGGAGGAGGGGUGAAAGGAAGGGGCUGUCCUUGAAAAGGAAAAACUCAUUCCCCCCUCCACCCCCAUUGGUGCGACACGGCUCCCGACGCCAUCUUACAUCAGGUUCCCUCCGGGAUCGGGCCCCUGAGAGCCAUUCGUCUGGCGCUAUAUUUUUGGUUUUUUGCGGAGCCUUGUCCUGUCUCCUCCCCGCCAGCGUCGUGCUCUUGCCUCUUGGAAGCUUUACACUUACACACACGUACGCACGGAGCUUUUCUGAUCACUCUCUUUUGGAAAUAAGCUAUUUUCUCUUCCUUCACUACGUUCCUCCCGCCGUCUGACUGCCUUCAGGGAUCUGGCCGAGCCAGGGAUGUCCGUGCGCUGGGAUCCGGCGGUGGGAGGCCAGUAUCAGCCGCCAGCUCCAUAUCGCGCCGUGGUAAAGGAGGGGAGCGGACCUGGUGCCGUGCAUGCACGGGAAGCCGAGAGCUCCUUUCCCUCUUGGUUUUUGCUUUGGAAUCUUGCCGACCACAGUUCGCCACCGAAAUGGACUUUAGACCAAGAAAAGGACCCAGCCUGGCCUCCCGCUGCAGCCCGCUGGGAUGUGCCGAGGUUCCGAGCAGCAGUUUUCUACCCUUCUUUUUUAUCUCCUGGUUUUAAGGUGCCAUGUCCGAUCUGAGUCCUGACUCUGGUGGGCUAAAACACCCAGCGUCCCUGGGGCAAGGGGGGACGGUGCUGUUAUCUCCCCCACUCCUGCAGGGAAUUCUCGAUUGAGGGGUGUGGGGGGGGGAGAUGGACUCAGCCACAGACGCCUCAACCAUUUGAAGAUGUUUGUGUGGUCAGAUCUUUGAGCUCUGUGUCCACGAUGGACACGGGGGGGGGGG